AAUUAAAUGUUGUUUACAAAUAAUGGCUGCUAUGAUACAAGAAAAUGUGAUAAGAAAUGUUCUACACAGCAAUUAUUUAAAUAUUAAAAUAGUUGACAAUUAUGGGUAAUUGUUGGUGUUUUAGAUGUUUUAAAAAUCAACCAAAAAAAAAAAUUGUAUUACUCAUUUUGGGAUUGGAUAAUGCUGGUAAAACGGCCACGGUAAAAGGUCUUGCUGGUGAAUCCCGUGACGAAUUGGUCUCCACGGUAGGAUUUUCAGUUUAUAAUUUAAAAUAUCAAAAAUGUGAUAUUCAUAUUUAUGAUAUUGGAGGUGGUCCACAAAUUCGAGGAAUCUGGCAUUUAUAUUUUUCUGAUGCGCAUGGUAUAAUAUUCGUAGUUGAUUCAAAUGAUUAUAAACGAUUAUCUGAAGUGAAAUUAAUACUAAAUGAAUUACUAACAAAUGAAAAACUAGCUGGAAAACCAAUGUUACUACUUGCUAAUAAACAAGACAUACCUAGUGCCUUAGAUGAAUUGGACAUUGUUGAAAAACUAAAACUUGAAGAACUGGUUAAUCAACAGAGGUGUCCAACACUGGUCAAAUCAUGUUGUGCAAUUGAACAAAGUCGUAGUAAGAUAAAAAUUGACGAAUCCAUAUAUAAAGGUUACAUAUGGCUGUUAAAUUUAAUAUUACGUGAUUACUGGAAGUUAAACGCACGCGUUGAGCGUGAUUCACGUGAACAAAACAGUAAAAACUCGAGUAUGCGUCAAAAGAUUAUAGAUCGUGUCCAAAAACAUAAAAUUAACUCUAUAGAAUGGUUGAAUGGAAGUGGUGAUUGUGCUGGACCAAUAGAUGAAUCUGAUGAAGUGUCAAGUACUUCAUCAAGCUCAUCAAAAUCAUCAACACAAGUCUAUAUUCCUCAUGUGCCUUUAGAAAAUGCAGAGUCAGUGCCUUCAAUAUCUGAAACUAAACAAAUUGAAGUAAAACCAAAACGAAGAUUUUCUGGUAUGCGUUCAAAUAAAACUGCACCAGCUACAUUACUUGGUGUAGGUGCCUUACUAAGUCAAAAGAAAUCAGCAUCGAUAACAGAUACAAAUAGACAAUUAAAAUCGGCACAUCCACGUUAUCCGCAAACAUUAAAUCCGGCUGAUUUGAAUCAUAGUUCAAAUAAUGACAUUCCUUAUCACCGAGAAAAGCAUGUAGGAAAUGGUAGCAUUGUAUUGCCGCCUAUUAAUUUGUUUACAAUUAGUAAUAGCAGUGUAGUAAAUAGGACAGACGUUAAACCACGUUCACCUAACGGAGACGUUCAUACAGUUGUUGUACAUCAUGCCUUAUAGUCUAAGUAAUAAUUUAUAAUAUUAGUUGCCACUCUGUAAAUAAGAGAUCAAUUAUGAUCUAUUUUCCGCUCUCUGAAAUAAUAUUUGGACAAAAGCAACAAAUUGGCUCAAUGAACAAAAGUUGUAUAAUGGAGAAGUGCGCUUUCGGAGAUGUAAAUUAUGAUAUUCGAGUUGACUAAAUAAUAACAAUAAUAAAACAUAAGAAAGGUACCGCAAAUGGGAUAUUUCCGGGUAAGAGAUGCUAUUUUAAGCAGUUGAAGCUAUGAGUUUUCUGUCGAGGCCAGACGCCACGCAGGAAGCCCUCAGCUUCCCGGGAUUUCUCCUAGGAUUAAUGGAUCUGACGCCGAGCAAGUUUCUGUUGGUGCAAAUAACAUGUAUGGACUUUACUCCUCCAUACUGACCCUACACGUGGCAUAAUUGGAGAUACCCAUACUAUGAAGGUAAUACUUCAAUCACCCCUUUCUCAAACAUGUGAUCCAGUCAAAUUGACUGGAUCACAUAGACGAAUAGAAAUCAAUACACGAAUACAUUCUUAUUUUCAGCAAAAAAAGUUGUAUAAAGUUCGUGAUUGAAAAUAUUGAUUAAAAAUGCAUGGUUUUAAACACGUGCUAAUGAAUAAACAGCAAAUUGUAGCCGAGAUUCCUAUAAACCAUAAUCAAUAUUGCUUGCCUUGCCAACUUCGAUAAACUACAUUAAAACUCGUAUAGCUUUUGAUUAUUGAACCAUUUUCCAAUUUCAAAUUUUGUUUUGUCUGAAAGAAUUUAGUGGAAAAUAAGUUUUUUUUUAUUGUAAAUUAUUGAACUAAAAUGCAAAUAAGUGCUGCUGUUUUAAUAUUCAGAUGAUGUAACUAACUAGAGGGACAAUUCAACAUGGUAUCUUAAACAGAAAAUUUAUUUGUCACACGAGAAUAGUAAAUUGACUCCGACAAAUAAAUUUGAUUCAGUUGACAAUUUCCAAUUACAACGGUGCAGGAUGGCAAUCUGGAUUUUAAAACUACAGUUAUGCAGCUUGUCUAGUUAGUAAAAGAAGAUUAUGAUUAAUAUUAAUUAGUACUGUGUACCUCGAUGUA